AUGGCUCAGAAUCCCGUUCAAGAUGUAGCUCUUGGAGACUACGCCUCCGCGCAAGCCCUCACCCAAACAGCACAGACUACGCCUCCCAAGGUCUGCAAACGCUGCCGCAAGCGCCUUUGGGUCGAGCGGCUCGACAUGGCAGUCAAGAUCUUCGGCAUCCUGGCCUUUCUGCUGUCCUGCGCGGCGUUAUGCCCGAGCAUCUGUGGCCAGGAGGACGCGCACAGGGCGACGCAGUUGGCCGAGUGGUCGGCGCUGAAGGAUUUCCUGGAGUACUGUGAGAGCACUGGAGCAGCAGUGACUGUGCUGCUGUUAGGAAUACGACACUGUCUUCUCCUCCUGAUGGUGAUGGUCACCUUCGGCGGCACGCUCGCAGCUUCGUCGGGAAGGAACAUUCUUCAGAUUACAUUCGACGUCUGGGAUUAA